CCACAAUCAAUUGCUGCUGAUAGAGUAGGGCUUUUUUCUGUUAUUUCCUUGUUUAAGUUGCGCGCAGUAGGAGACCUGUCGUCUCGGCCAGGACAUAUAGCCUUUUCCUCAUCUCUUCUUCCCCAUAAUCAUUUGAUCUUCUGCAACACCAAUUCGACACAGUUAGGUGGUAUUGAGAAUUGCAUCUCAGCUUCAAAAUGGCCGGUUUCGAAGGGUAUGAAAAGCGGCUGGAGAUCAUUUUCCGUCAGCCGCCUGUGUUUGCUGACCCUGAUAGCAAGGGUCUGAGGGCCCUCUCUCGUGCCCAGAUUGAUGAAUUCCUUUCUGCUGCUGAAUGCACCAUAGUGGACAGUUUGUCCAACAGCGCUUUGGAUUCCUAUGUGCUGUCCGAAUCCAGCCUUUUUGUUUAUCCUUACAAGGUCAUCAUCAAGACUUGUGGGACAACCAAGCUUCUGCGCUCCAUUCCCAUCAUAUUGAAGCAUGCUGGUACCUUGUCCCUUGCUCCUAUCUCAGUCAAAUAUUCCCGUGGGACGUUCAUUUUCCCUGGGAAUCAGCCUUCUCCUCACACAAGUUUUACGGAGGAAGUUGUUGUGCUGAACAACCAUUUCGGGAAGUUGUUUGGUAAGCCUGGGAAUGCUUAUGUCAUCAAUGGUGGCAAUCCUGCCCAUGAUUGGCACAUCUACUGGUCGUCCGUGGAGUCCAUAACUCCUUUGCCACUCACUGUGGAAAUGUGCAUGACCAACCUGGACAGGGAGCGGGCAUCUGUAUUCUACAAGAACUUUGAAGGCCCAGCGAAGUCCAUGACUGACGCUUCAGGAAUCCGCAGCAUCCUUCCCGGCUUUGAUAUCAAUGACUUUGAGUUUGAGCCUUGUGGAUAUUCCAUGAAUUCAAUCAAGGGCAAGGCCUUGUCGACUAUUCAUGUCACUCCAGAAGAUGGUUUCAGCUAUGCAAGCUUUGAGUUUGUGGAUGCAAUAGGCUCUAAGAAAAUAAAGAAUGCAGCAGAGCUAGAGGCGCUAAUCGACCGUGUGUUGGAAUGUUUCGGGCCAGAAGAGUUUUCAUUGGCCAUUCAUUGUGACUACAGCAGCUUGAUGGCAAUGUUGUCAGAGAAGAAUGGGAUGUUGGGCUAUGCAUGCGAGAAAUUGGUGGUGCAGGAACUCUCUGGUGGAGGUUGCCUGAUAUACCAGAGUUUCUCUGGAAAGUCGGGGUGCUGUAGCCCAAAAUCCAUUCUCAACAAGUGGGUUGAUUGAUGUCAUCAAUGUAGAAACCGGCCACGACCAAUGAAGUUUAUGUGUUGCGAAGAUGAUCAGAGGAUUGUGUGGAAGGGGAAGGUGUAUGCUCUGGCCGAGCAAAGACUAUCUUUGUUGCAGCAUCGCUGCUUAUCCUUACCAUGUGUUUGCGUCGUUUACUAGUAUAGUAGUAAUGUGGUCUCCUCUAGUUUGGAGAAUAAAUAAGAAAUGCGCAACUGCAGAUGUUAUGAAGAUUGUAAGGACCCUCUGGUCCAUGAGUUUGGUGGUUUGCUAUUUCUGUUCGAGUUUUCAUGUUUGAAUAAUUGGGCAGCUAGUUCCUUCUGAAGCCUGCCCAUAUUGCCUUUGUUAUUGUGUGUCUAGUCAAUCAAUACUAUUGCUACUUUAAUA